UAUUUUUUAAUUUUAAAAUAUACAUACUCAAUACUUAAACAUAUAUUACGAUUUAAUAACAUGUUAAUUUUGUGAAACUAGUCUAAUAUAAGCACAAAUAAUCAAGCAACUACUAAAAUCUAUAUAUUUCGCACGACGAAAACACAAGGAUAAUCGGUAUAUCAGUAAAACAAGUUUUUAAAACAAGGUAAAUGCAAGAUCACUACUACACAGAAACCACGCAACAGGAGAAUUGCAAAGACGUAUUAUUGUACCCCAUUGGGCUCAUUGAGGCAAAUUCAAUCACUCCCGAUGACAUCACACACUAAAAGAGAUACGAGUUCCAACUGACACUAAUUGAAUGCGACGACUAGUGGACCGAUCGGCUGCGUCGACUGUUCUAAUAUAACCUCGUUUGCAGCACUCGUCUGUAAAAAAUACGUACAGAGAAAAUGACUGUGUAUAUUGCUGGAUUUAUAUGCGCACUUGUCCUGGCAGCGUUAGUGUUGGCUUGGAUAGCGUAUUGCAUGUUCGUGAGAGAGAGACACAAGUCAGAAGUGUACCAGUACAGCAUCUCCGAUCUGCAGCAUCGGAACUACCUCAUGUCACAGACGCCGGAAAACGAGAAAAAGGAAGAGAAAGAACUGACUGUUGGUUAUUUCGUUCUGCCGUCACGCAAACACAAGGAAGAGGAUUACAACAACAGACCUGAUUACCCGGAAAGUCCUGUUCCUAUUUCACAGCCUAGUACCGAUAAAUUGAUUGAAAUAUUAAAUGAAGAAGAAACACACUACAAAGAUGGGAUAUAUGAAGUUGACUCAAAGGUUAUGUACAGCGAGGUAUAAUAUUCUUUUGACAAUAUUUUCUCAGAGUAUUGCACAACUAUAGAAUAAUUAUACCUACCUUCAGCACCUAAGAUUUUUUUAAUAAUUAGCAUUACUUUAAAGAUAUAUUUUUCUAAUAAAAUUAUUUUAGAUAUCGA